AUUACAUAUAAUUCGCUAUCCGGCUUCUGUCUCUUCAAUGGAGAUUCUUUACUCUCCUUUUCACUUCUUCAUCUUCAUCACCUUGCUUUCAACAGCAGCAGAGCUCAGCAGAUCUGCUGACACAAUAACUCUGUCUCGGCCUGUCAGAGAUAACGAGACUCUAGUUUCCGCGGGAGCAAAGUUCGAGCUUGGAUUCUUCAGCGCUGGAAAUUCGUUUAACCGGUAUGUUGGGAUAAGGUUCCACAACAUCCGGUCAAGGACUGUUGUCUGGGUCGCGAAUAGGGAUGAUCCAAUCAAUGGCUCGUGAGUCCUGCGGAUUGAGAGAGGAGGAAAUCUGGUCAUUGUUGACGGAACAGGAAGAGCUGUUUGGUCCACGGACACAGCAAAUGUGACCUCCGGUACCGUGGCUGCGCAGCUCCUGGACUCCGGGAAUCUGGUCCUCACAGAUGAAAGCAACAACGGUUCGAGGAAUAUCCUGUGGCAGAGUUUUGACCAUCCUUUCGAUACGUUACUCGCAGGGAUGAAGCUAGGGUGGGACCUGAGGAUCGGUUUGAACCGGUAUCUCACUUCUUGGAGGAAUUCAGACGAUCCUUCAACAGGAGACAUCACAUACAAAGUCGAACUCAAGGGACUGCCCCAGAAGUUCCUCCGCAGGAAUGCUUCAGUAAUUGAAAGAAGCGGGCCAUGGGAAGGUAUCCAGUUCAGUGGAUUGCCCCUGAACCCAAAUGCAAUCAUCAAACCCGAGUUCGUGAACACCGCUGAAGAAGCGUACUAUACCUAUCAACUCAACAACAAUUACAACAUCACGAGGGCCGUGCUCAACCACUCUGGCACGCUUCAACGCUGGCUUUGGAACAAUAAUACACAGUGGACACUCAUACAUGAGUUGCCAAAUGAUCAGUGCGACGAGUAUGCAAAAUGUGGGCCUAACGCUGUGUGCACGAUUGGUGAUGCCCCGAUAUGCAGCUGCCUGACUGGGUACACCCCUAAAUCGCCCCAGGAAUGGGCAAUGAACUCUUGGUCCAGCGGGUGUGUUAAGAAGAAGCCCUUGAAUUGUCCUAAAGGAGAAGGGUUCAAGAAGCUGAAGGGUGUGAAGGUUCCGGAUAUGUUGAGUUACUGGGUGAACUUGAGCACGAGCCUUGACGAAUGCAGAGCCAAGUGCCUGAAAAAUUGUACUUGCACCGCAUAUACCAAUGCAGACAUUGCCAAUAAGGGUAGCGGGUGUCUGCUUUGGUAUGGAGAUCUUCUCGACAUCAGAAAGCUCGUUCAACCAAACCACAAUCAGAAUGUUUUCAUCAGGGUCAUGGCGUCUGACAUAGGCAAUUAUAAGUGGAAACUGUGGCUGGUGGCACCAGUAAUCGCCGCAUCUCUCUCUCUAGCAAUGCUUUUGCUAAUCUGUUUCUGGAGGAGGAGAACCAAAAACGCAUCUUUCAUGCUCGACUUUGUAAGAAUGCUAGAAUUUGGGCUUCAUCGGUAUUGUUGCAGCAAUAAAUGUGAGGUUUACAUAGAUGAAGCAAUUAAGGACGCGUUUGGGAAAACAUCAGAAGUGCAGGCUGGGAGUGGAGACAACUUAGAGCUGCCUACGCUAGACUUGGAAGUCAUUACUAAAGCGACUGAUAGCUUUUCGUCUCUCAAUAAAAUCGGAGAGGGCGGUUUUGGUCCUGUCUAUAAGGGUUUAAUGUCCGAUGGAGUUCAAAUAGCCGUCAAGAGGCUGUCGCAGAACUCCAGACAGGGUUGUGAUGAGUUCAAGAAUGAAGUCUUGCUGAUUGCGAGACUUCAGCACCGAAAUCUUGUCAAACUAUUGGGAUGCUGUAUUAACGGAGAGGAAAGGAUGUUAGUAUAUGAAUAUAUGCCGAACGGAAGCCUCGACUCCUUAAUAUUUGGUAAUAGAGGAGGUAAUUCUCUCGUGUGGAGGCGGCGUUUCAAUAUCAUUGUGGGUGUUGCAAGGGGACUUCUGUAUUUACAUCGCGACUCAAGAUUGAGAAUAAUUCAUCGGGAUCUAAAAGCUAGUAAUGUGCUGCUAGAUAGUGAGAUGAACCCAAAGAUAUCAGAUUUUGGCAUGGCUAGGGCUUGCAGAGGAAAUCAAUCUGGGGAACAGACUACACGUGUAGUCGGGACUUAUGGAUACAUGCCUCCAGAGUAUGCAAUAGAUGGAAUUUUCUCGACUAAAUCAGAUGUUUUUAGCUUUGGAGUCCUAGUCCUGGAAAUAAUUAGCGGCAGGAGGAACAAAGAAUUCCAUCACCGUGAUCACAAUUUUAACCUUCUUGGACAUGCCUGGAAAUUAUGGCUUCAACGGGAGGCCACCGAACUCAUAGACAAACAAAUGGAGGAUUCAUUUCCAAGAUCGGAAGUUAUCAGGUGCAUCCAGAUAGGCCUCUUGUGUGUUCAGCGAAGUCCGGAACAAAGGCCAACUAUGUCAUCUGUAAUACGAAUGAUGGACAGCGAGAGUGCCUCAUUGCCACAGCCCAAGCAACCGGGAUUUUACGCGGAGAGGUUCAAUGAUCAAAUAGACGGUGAAACAAACGAGUUAACCAUUUCCAUAGUCGAGGGUCGGUGAAGAUCCACGAGAUUUCAUGCACACAAAGUUAACACCACGUAAUAGUCAAGGUAUUAGCUGUUACAUUGGAGAUUGAAACUCUAGUACACGUAAUUUGUCAGGUAUUUUCGGCAUGAAAAUACGAAAAGAUUCUCUGCUUUCUUCGACAAAGUACUUGGUCUUGAGAAUGCACUUGGAGUAAACUUCUCUUUCGCUAUAUGUGUGAAACUCCAUUCAUAUUGACAAAUAACGGUUAUCUGCUUGGA